AUGUCGACAAAUAUUUGCCCUGCCCGGUCAGAGCCCACACUCUCCUUUACCCAGGGAUUCAUCGUCGGGCAGAUAUCCGUUGUUGUGAUACUUGCUGCUUUUAUAAAGUUUUUCAUAUUCGGGGAUCCUCCUUCAUCGGAUGUCACGGCCUCUUUACGUGCAACUGAGCGCCGCUCCAGGACUCUGGCACACAAGCAAUCUCUACUCACGCUAAGAUCUCAGGGCCAUCGUGUUGGUCAGGCCUUGAAUCGCAAAAAAUCAACAGUCCUCCGCAAUCCACCAGCCCUGACGAUUGGCUCAAUUCUCAGCAAGACGUACUAUAAUGUCGAUAGCCACCAGCCAGAGAGUCUGGAUUGGUUCAAUGUCUUGGUUGGCCAGACGAUUGCCCAAUUCCGUAGCGAUGCCCAGCAUGACGACGCCAUUCUCAACUCCCUGACAAAGGCGCUCAAUGGCACUUCGCGACCAGAUUUUCUCGACGAGAUACGUGUGACUGAGCUAAGCUUGGGCGAAGAUUUUCCCAUUUUUAGCAACUGCCGCAUAAUUCCCGUCGACGAGGAUGGUAUCAGCUUGGGCGCAGGGAUACGUUUUGAUCCUGCCACCGCAGCGCGUGACGGCACACGUCUUCAGGCGCGAAUGGACGUCGACUUGAGUGAUAUGCUCACUUUGGCGGUAGAGACUAAGCUUCUCCUGAAUUAUCCCAAAAAGCUUUCGGCAAUUCUGCCUGUUGCUCUUGCCGUGUCGGUCGUUAGGUUCAGCGGCACUCUGUCGAUAUCGUUUAUUCCUAGCAACCCGUCUCAAGCUACUCCAGCCAUGAUGUCGUUCAACUUUCUGGACGACUACCGACUGGACUUUUCUGUCAGGAGCCUUCUGGGAAGCCGGUCUCGACUGCAAGACGUACCCAAGAUUGCACAGCUCGUCGAGGCCAGGCUCCAUAAGUGGUUUGAUGAGCGGGCUGUAGAGCCGCGGUUUCAAGAAAUUGCUCUUCCUAGUCUUUGGCCGCGCAAGAAGAACACGCGAGGCCCGGAUGAUGCGAUGGGCGAGGGUUCGGGUUCCAUUGGCCGCGCGAAGGGCAAGGACGCUGAGCGCGAAUACCGCGAAGAUAUGCGCAGCAGGGACUCAUUUGGCGAUGCGGAGCUACGUGAUGCGGCUUCUAUGCGCCAGAGACGGUCAUGGCGAGACGAGGGUGAUCUUGCUAUGCCGGGUUCACUACCUGGGAUAAGACUAGAUGCGCGAUCAUGA